AUGGGUAACUCGCCACCUAAAAAAACACCAAAGGAACUCGCUAGAGAAAACAAGAGAAUAGUCGAUAGAGCUGUUCGUUAAAUCGAAAGAGAACGUCAAAAGCUCUAAGGUAACGAAGGAAAAAUACUAGAAGAGAUUAAGAAGCUUGCAAAGAAAAACUAGCAUGGUCCAGCCAAGAUUUUAUCUAAGGAUCUUGUAAGAACCAGAAAUCAAGUAUCACAGUAUUAUGUGAUGUCUUCUCAAUUGAAGGCAAUCUCUAUGAAACUAUCCACUGCUGAAAUCAAUCAAUCAAUGGUUGAUGCACUUAAGGGUGUUAAUAAUGUCAUGGAGAAGGUCAAUGCUAGCAUGGAUAUUCAUUCCAUUCAAGAGGUUCUUAAAGAAUUUGCUAAGAAUUCUGAAAAAAUGGAAAUGCAACAAGAGAUGAUGAAUGAUGCAAUUGAUGCUGGUAUGGACACAGUCGACGAUUAAGAUGCUGCUGAUAAAGUCUACUCAUAAAUUUGUGAUGAAAUCGGAGUAGAUCUAGGCGAGGAGCAUGCAGGACCAGGAAAGAAUUAACUUCCAGCUAUGUCACAACAACCUAUUGCAGUAAAUUUUCUUAGACUUAAAUAUCUUAUCAAUAGAACAACAAUACCGAUGACUUGCAGGCAAGAUUAGAUCAGCUUAAGAGAUGAGUAAAGAGAGAAGAAUUCAAAUCUAAAGAUUAAGAAGAAAUCAUAAUAGAUGAAUAUAUUAUUGGAUAAAAUUUAUUAAAAAGAAAUUAUUAAAGAUCACGUUGAAGAAAUUGACGAAGAAGAGGAAGAUGACCACGUCUUUAACGAGAAACUUCAAUGCAGAUUUUACAGAAAAGACUUCCCUGAAGAAAAUGAUCUUGUAAUGACUCAAAUCACCAAGGUACAUGAAAAUGGAGGUUAUGUCGUACUACUAGAAUAUGAGCAUAUGGAGGGACUUAUUCCUUCCACUGAAGUUACCAAAAAGAGAGUCAAGUUGAUUAAUAAGUUCUUGAAGAUGAAUAAAAAGGAAACUAUGAUGGUAAUUAGAGUUGACAAAGAGAAAAGAUAUAUUGAUCUGUCAAAAAAGAAGGUCCAACCAGCUGAGGCAUUGCAAAGUGAAAAGUACUACAAAAAGGCAAAGAUGGUUCAUAACAUCCUUAAGCAAGUUGCAACUAAACUCGAUUGCUAUCUACUAGAAUUAUAUGAGGCUUUUGCAUGGGAUCUCUAUGACAAAUUCGGACAUGCUUAUGAUGCUUUCAGACUUAUCAUGAAUGAUCCAGAGCAAGUAUUUAAGGAAAUCACCAUUUCUCCAGAGUAAAAGACCUCUUUAAUUGAGGCAAUUUCAAGAAAGAUGGCACCAUCUCCAGUCAAAAUUAGAGCAGACUUCGAAUUGAAUUGCUUUGAAUAUGAAGGUAUUGAUGCUAUUAGACAUGCUCUCUUAACAGCAAAAGCAGCUGUAAGCGAUGACAACAUUAAGGUUGAUUUUAAAUUGAUUGCUCCACCUCACUACAAAUGCGAAUGUUAUACUCUUGAUAAAGUCAAUGGUAUUGCUAAGCUUCAAUCUGCUCUCGAAAUCAUCGAAAAAGAGAUUAAGGAGAGAAAAGGAACCUAUAAAUGUAUUAACGACGCAUAAGUUAUUGGAGCAAAGGAUGAUAAGGAUAUCAUUGAAAUUAUGGAUAAAAUAAAUGAAGAAGGUAGCUCAGGAGAGGAAGAUAAUGAUGAAGGUAUGGGAGACCUUGAUAUUGAGGAUGACGAAGAAGGAGAGGAGAGAAAGGAAGAUAAGAAAGCCUCUAAAAAGCCUAAGAAAGCCGCUAAGAAUUCAGAUGAUGAAGACGAUGAUGAGGAUGAAGAUGCAUGA